AUGCCUGCAGAUAUCCCUAAUGAAAAGCCUGUAUCGCGCAUUAAAGUGGCUGCGACCGUGGUGUUUUACCUCGUCGCUGCGAUUGCGAUGGUAGUCGCGAACAAAUGGGUGCUGAAUGAAACCAAAACGCCUCUAUUUUUCCUACUCGCUCAACUCGUAAUUGCAUGCGUGCUCUUCCUUAUCUGCCAUGUAUGUGGGCUCCUCAAGCUCCCACGCAAUCUCGACAUGCACGUCGUUAAAGGACUCGCCCCGCUUAUCGCGUGCAACGUUCUGGGCCUCAGUUUUAAUAACUACUGUCUCAAAUACGUCGAUGCUUCCUUCUACCAAGUCGCCCGUGGUCUUGUAUUGCCCAUCACCGUCGCUACUUCGGCCGUUCUCAUCCACUCCAGGCCGAGCCUCAAGGUCUUGGGUGCAUGCGCCCUUGUUACCGCCGGAUUCUUCGUUGGUGUUUUACUAGACCAAAGCGCAACCCCUGCCGGUGCCACUUCUACUUCUCCUUCAGUUAUCGGUAUCUUCUUUGGUGUCCUCUCGAGCUUCACUACUGCCUUGCUCGCGGUCGUCAUCAAGUCAUGUCUCCCUGUCGUUGGCAACUCGGCCCUCGACCUCGCAUGGUACAACAACCUGCUUUCGGCAGUCGUCCUUGCUCCUCUCAUCGUUGUCGUCGGUGAAGGUCCUGACGUUAUGGACCUCCUUUUCGGUGCCGCCAGCGUUACCAAGACAUCCACUGGAAUGACCGCCUUUGAUACCUUCCUCUACGGCUCGGCCAUCACCGGCCUUUUCGGCUUCCUUAUCAACAUUGCAGGGUUCAUGAGCAUUAAAGUUACGUCUCCGAUUACGCACAUGGUUUCGAGUGCCGUCAAGGGUGUCCUCCAGUCGAUUUUGGGUGUUUGGUUCUUCCACGACGUGAUCUCUGGCGGCCGUGGUACUUCCAUUUCUCUUAUCCUCCUUGGCUCGAUCUACUACACCUGGGUCAAGAACCAGGAAGUCGUCGAGCGCGAACGCAAGGAGAACAGUCUGCCGAUGACCAACACCUCCAAGGGUGCUUACGAGCCUGUGCCCACCAAGGAGCGCGAGUAG